AAACAGGUCCUCACAAAGUGCUGACACUAAUAUCUUGCAGGAAGGUAGAGAAAACAGAUUAGAAACAUUCCAUAAACGUUUCUAAUAAUUGUGGGGAACAUCUUUGAAGAAAACUUCUGUCACAAUGGCAUCAUCCUGUCUACAGAUCUGUGCAUUGCUGCUGGCUUUAGCAGGAUUCACUACAUUACUUGUUACCACCAUGUCCAGCAGCUGGAAAGUUUUGGACUCCACAACAGAGCUGGUUUCUGCAGACUGGGUUUCUGAAGGUCUUUGGAUGGACUGUGCAGCAACUGCUGUUGGAUCAGUUCAGUGCAAGAAAUUUCUCUACAUGCUGAGUUCAGACCCUCACAUUCAGGCAUGCCGUGCCCUGAUGAUUACUUCCAUCCUUUUGGGAUUCUUAGCUGCUGUACUCACACUGCUUGGUAUGAAGUGCACAAACAUUGGGUUGAGUGAUGAAGAUGGAAAAAUGAAGUUUACUGUCACAGGAGGAUUUCUUUUCGUUUUAGGAGGUCUCUGCUCCAUGGUGGCUAUUUCUUGGUAUGCUGCAAUGGUUACUGCUCAGUUUUUUGACCAACUGUACGCUGGAACCAAGUAUGAACUAGGAGAAGGUCUGUACUUAGGCUGGACUGGAUCUGUCCUUUAUAUACUUGGUGGGAUCCUACUGACCUGUUCCUGCAGAGGGAAGGAAAAACAGAAUUACAGUCCCAAGAAGUAUGCAUACUCAGCAGCCCAGGGACCUUCUCAGCCCCACAUGUACCCCAGGAACUCUGAGACCAUCAUAAGCAACAAGGAGUAUGUCUGAGCUCCCACCCUGCAUCACCUGUAGUGUCAGUGGCUUAUGAACUCCAGUAAGGAAGUGAACUGCUUCUUUUUUCUGGUUCCAAGUUGCAAUCCUAUGCCUUAGUUUGGAGCAGUACCGAGAGGAGGUAUGGCUUUCAAUGUAAAUAGCAAUGGUUUUCAGAUGUAAAUAGCUUUCUACAGAAGAUGCUGUGACGUGAAAUCCUGUGCCAUGAAGGUUUCUGCAUGCUGAGAAGCCUGGUAAAAUUUAACUGGAGGGCAGUAUAUGCUGACACUCAAGAGCAAUGGUUCCUAUUUCAGCUGACUCAAACAUGUGGAACUGAUAGCUGUAUCUGACUGCAAGUUCAUAUGCCUCACAGUUAGAAAUGUGUUUUGUUUUCAUUAAUGUUUAGCUUCCUUCUUUUGUUUAGCAGCUUAAGCUUUUGACAAGAAAUAAACUUUGUUCCACAGACAAA